AUUUGUCAAGUGCACGGUCAACAUAACACAUGUCAUUUUCAUUUGCAGCCACUCUGCUACCGUGAAGAAAACAAAUGACACAGGCAGGUGUCAAUACAGUUCGGGUAAUAGUGUUUAUUGAAAGACUGAUAACAAAUUUUAAUUAAUUUAAUUAUAAAAAUGACAACAAGUAUCUUUCCAUCCUAUCAAAGGUUAGCAAAUAGAAUUCCUCUAUCCUUUUCCAGGAGAUCAUUUAGGUCAUGCGAAAAAUACAUUAUCUUAUUAGUGUUUAUAACUUUUGGUUUAGUGUGUUUCGGAACAUUAUUUUUUUUACCUGAAUUUCGAAACUCGGCUACCAGAUCUGAAAGUGUUUAUAGAGUGUAUGAUCAUUUCAAAAGAGCAGCUCCAGAGCUCUUAAUACCUCCUCCACCCUUGGACAACAGUAGAGAGGCACCAAAGUUAUUGAGACAUGAAAUGGAUACUCAGGGUGAAGAUCCUCAUCUAGUUGGGGAUCGAGAAAAAUUCAGAGCUAAAAUUGAACAAGAUUCUGAACUGAAAGUUUUGGAGAGACCAGAUAUUGGUAGAUUUUAUCGUAGGACCUCCACACCCUCUAAUCAGGGGAAGCAAGGAUAUGCUCAUGAAUCUGGUAUUGUGACCAUUCCACCAGCUAGCAGUGAUCAUUAUCCUCUAGUUAUUAAUGGGGAAGAUAGUGACCCAGUUAUAAGAGAAAGAAGAAAUAAAAUCAAAGAAAUGGCCCAACAUGCCUGGGACAACUAUGUGAAGUACGCUUGGGGUAAAAAUGAGCUGAGACCUAUCAGCAAACAUGGACAUAGUGCCAGUAUUUUUGGCACAAUGCCACUGGGGGCUACGAUACUCGACGGUUUGGACACCUUGUAUAUAAUGGGGAUGGAAAAGGAAUUCAAACAAGCUAGGGACUGGGUAGCUAAUACUUUAGAUCUCAGUCAAAUGACAAAUGAUGUUUCCGUGUUCGAAACGAAUAUUAGAUUUGUUGGUGGUUUGCUUUCUUGCUAUGCGUUAACUGGUGAUGUUAUGUUUAGGGACAAGGCUCAACAAAUUGCAGAUAAGCUCUUACCAGCCUUCCAAACUCCCACAGGCAUUCCAUAUGCUAUUGUUAAUUUCAAAACUGGGACUAGCAAAAACUAUGGAUGGGCUAGUGGUGGAUCAAGUAUACUGUCAGAGUUUGGUACCCUGCACCUAGAAUUUGCUUAUCUGAGCGACGUCACUGGUAACCCAAUUUAUCGUAACAAAGUGGAGAAAAUAAGACAAGUUAUUCAGAAAACAGAUAAACCUAAUGGAUUGUAUCCAAAUUACUUCAAUCCAAAAACUGGAAAAUGGGGACAGCAUCACAUGUCGAUGGGAGCUCUUGGUGACAGUUUUUACGAAUACUUAUUGAAAGCAUGGAUACAAUCCAACAAGGAAGAUAACGAAGUUCGUCAGAUGUUUGACGAUGCUAUGGAAGGUGUUUUCAAGCAUAUGCUCCAAACAUCUCCAAGCGGAUUGAUGUAUUUUUCUGAUCUCAAAUUUGACCGUCCAGAACACAAAAUGGAUCACUUGGCAUGUUUUUCUGGUGGUCUACUAGCCUUAGGAUCCAAUACUCUUAAAAAUCAUAUGUCAGAUAAAUAUAUGGACGUUGGUAAAGGUAUAACAAAGACUUGUCAUGAAUCUUAUGAUCGUUCAUAUACGAAAUUGGGACCUGAAGCGUUCAGAUUUACGGAGGGCGCUGAAGCUAGAGCGCUCAAAAGUACAGAAAAAUACUAUAUACUCAGACCAGAAGUUAUUGAAUCAUAUUUUUAUUUAUAUAGAUUAACUAAAGACUCUAAAUAUAGAGAUUGGGCAUGGGAGGCAGCACAGGCUCUGGAGAAGCAUUGCAGAGUUAAUGGAGGAUAUACAGGUUUGAAAAAUGUGUAUACAGAAGAACCUCAACAAGAUGAUGUGCAGCAGAGUUUCUUUUUAGCAGAAACACUUAAAUACUUGUACUUGAUAUUCUCAGAUGAUAAUCUGAUCUCUCUAGAUGAGUGGGUUUUUAAUACAGAAGCUCAUCCUCUUCCAAUCAAAGGAGUGAAUCCUUACUACAGAGAGGCGAUAGUGUAAUGAAAACUAACUUAAAAUUGUAAACUAGGUGAAUUGAGGUUAAUAGUUAAGUAAUUUAUUUUAUUUUAAAUGCACUGGGGUGUACAGGAUUGAGUAGAGAUGACGAGUGGAUGGUUUGUUAGAAUGAAUAUGUGAUUUUAUAAUACCUUUAAAAAUGUAUAUAGUUUCUUCUGAUAGUUGAAAUUGGAAAUAAUGUUCCAAUGGGACAAUGUCUCGAUUGAGAAAAGUUCACUUUAGAAUUUAUGAGAUUAGAUAUUUACCUUCAAAUUUAUUGAAGAUUGUAGCUGAUAUUCUUCAUACUUGUUGAAGUAGGGAGUAAAAAUAAGUGAGAUUUUUUUUUUUCUAUUUGCUCUUACCUCUCAAAUCGAUGAACGCAUUUAUAUUUUCAGGAAAUAAGAUUUGUUUUCGUUAUCUGUAUUAUGUAUGUAACUGAAGGUUCUGUGAAUUCUUCAGAAUAUGGAUUUCUUAAUUUAGAAUUUUAAGUCAUAGCAAGUGAUAUUUGAAAUAAUUUACAUAAUUAUUGUGUUUGUAUUUAUAGAAGUUGUUGAUAAUAGAGUCAUAUAUUUAAAAGUAUUUAGCAUCAAUAUAUUCCAGUACGAAUUGAUCUGAGGUAGUUUGUAGGAAUUAUAAAAUGUUUUGAUAUAAAAAAUGAAAUUAUUCAUUAUUUUAUAUUAUAAACUCUGAAAAUGUUUUCCCAAUGGCUCAUCAGAUAAGUAUAUUUGAAAGAUGAUUGCUUUGACUUCAAAUUUUCAAUUGAGACAUUCGAGCCCUAUCCAUUCAAAGAUGUAUUUUGUAAAAUACAAAAUAAUUGUAAAUAUCUAUAUUAUAUUUUUAAUCCUUUUAACGUUUUGUAUAAAUCAACUUUUUUUUUUGACUUGAAUUACCAUAUUUAUUAAAACUGAUUUAAAAAACUCAA